GCCAUGGCCAGCUCAGACCCUCUCUACCCAUCCUCGUCGAUCGAGGAUGACUUCAACUAUGGCAGCUGCGUGGCCUCGGCCAGCGUGCACAUCCGAAUGGCUUUUCUAAGAAAGGUUUAUAGCAUCUUUUCUCUGCAAGUUCUCUUGACUACAGUGACAUGUUCCGUGUUUUUAUACUUUCAGUCUAUACGGACAUUUGUGCAUGAGAGUCCUGCUCUCAUUUUGGUGUUUGCCCUUGGAUCUUUGGGUAUGAUUUGCGCAUUGACACUGAACAGACAUAAGCAUCCCCUUAAUUUAUACCUGCUUUUUGGAUUUACACUAUUGGAAGCUCUGACUGUGGCCAUUGUUGUUACUUUCUAUGAUGUCUAUAUUGUUCUACAAGCUUUUAUAUUGACAACUGCAGUAUUUCUUGGCUUGACUGCAUAUACUCUACAGUCAAAGAAAGAUUUUAGCAAAUUUGGAGCAGGGCUAUUUACGGUUUUGUGGAUUUUGUGCUUGUCGGGAUUCUUAAGGUUAUUCUUCUAUAGCGAGACACUGGAGUUGGUCUUUGCUGCUGGGGGAGCCCUGCUUUUCUGCGGCUUCAUCAUCUAUGACACCCACUCACUGAUGCAUAGGCUGUCACCUGAAGAGUAUAUACUGGCAGCCAUCAGCCUCUACUUGGAUGUCAUCAAUCUGUUCCUGCAUCUGUUGCGUUUAUUAGAAGCAGCUAAUAAAAAAUAA